AUGACACCGUUCCCAAUUUUCGGUACUCCGUUCCUUGUAUGGUCUGCUAUUUUAAAGAAGAUGAACUUUAAAGAGAUAGUGACUCUUGCAGAAUGUAGCCGGAGAACUUAUAAAAUGGUGAAGGCGGCUUAUAGGAAACGAAACAUUAUUGAUAUUUUAAGUGGAUGGCCUAUCAAACGGACGCCUUUGAAUAUCCUCCAAUACCUCCGAUUCCUGUCACCACUCGUCGAACCUGUCACUCUCACCAUCUUGAUAACCGACCCGGUGGAAUUCACCAUCUCAAUUCGGCAUUCCUCAAAAAUUUACGAUUUCAAAGUAAUUUUCACGACACCAAUCCCCAGAACUUGUCGGGUGAUCUCAUGUGGUCAAUGGAAAAUGCUUGGAAGACUGUCGGAUGAUGAUAUGACAGUCACCACGUAUUGGAAUAAUAGACGGUACGGGAUUAUUCAAUUUUUGGAUUAUUUGGAGGCGAGUAGGGAGGAUCUGAACUUGAAAAUCGAGAAUUUGGAAUUAAAUGGAGAUGUUUUAUUCGAGGAUUUUCCGGAGAUAAUGAAGCUGACAACCAAUUGGAUUCAUUCGAAAAAAGUGGAAGUUCAAAAUUUGAGACUGUUGGAGAAACUCAACCAAAAAGACUUUGAACAUCUUUUCUACCGUAUCCAGCCUACCGUAUCCCUUACCAGCAAUGCCAAAACGAUACCAGUAUUCCGUGUAGAUCAAAUAAGUGAACAACAUCAAUUCAAAAUGAGACGGCUGGCUUUGUGCCCUGGUAAUUGGUUUACAUUCGAGAAUUUGAUGAAUUGCGAUUGUGUGACGAUUGACAUUUCCUCUUGUCAAUUCGAUGAGCGGAAUAUUCUGGAAUUCUUGAAACAUUGGAGAGAGGGAAAGCGGUGGGAGAAGUUGAAGAAGUUGGCGUUGGUUUUGUCGCAUGGAGUGAUUGUUGAAAAGAUUUUGAAGGUGUUGCAGAAGGACAGAUCCCCGUUGCGAAUCCAUAUCGACGACAUGUUCUCAUACAUCGAGCAUAAGGAUGGAGCAGUUGCACGUAUCACAUCAAGAGAUGGCAACCUCCAAUUAACUCAUCUGUUGACUAUAGAUGUGCUGCCGCAGUCGAGUCAUCAGUGGUGA